CCAAAUCAUCGUCGAUACCAACCGCGACAUGGCCGUUCGACAAGUUGCCGCCAUCAAUUUCAAGAACUUCAUCGCCAAGAAUUGGUCUCCCGAUCACCACAGCGAAAUAUCCAUUUCACCCUCUGAUAAGCUUCUCCUCCGAAAUCACAUGCUCCUCUCUCUCCCUCAGCUUCCUCCUCUCCUCAGGGUGCAGCUCGGUGAGUGCCUCAAAACAGUCAUCCAUUCGGAUUAUCCGGAGCAGUUUCCUCAUCUUCUCGACUGGAUCAAGCAGAACUUACAGGAUCAACAACAAGUCCACGCCACUUUAUUUGUGCUGCGGAUUCUUUCAAGAAAAUACGAGUUCAAGUCAGAUGAAGAGCGGACGCCGGUUUAUGGCGUUGUCCAACAUACUUUUCCUCUGCUCCUCACUAUAAUUAACGCCUUAGUCCAAAUUGCCAAUCCCUCAGUCGAAGUUGCAGACUUGAUCAAGCUUAUCUGUAAAAUUUUCUGGUCCUACCAUCAUCCCCUUGUUAAAAAAUCUAAGCCAUCUAGACAACAUCAUUUCACUGUACCCAUUUCCACUGUACAAGAUAAAGUGCAUUUUGGCACAAAGGAAGGAAGCGUAUUAAUGUCACAAAAGUACUAUUAGACCACAAAUUUUAUACAUACUAUUGGAUUCAAAUACCAGGCAAAGGGGAAUAGGAGAAGAAAUCGAUCAUUGAAAUUGAAACACGAGCCCCAUUCAUCAAAGCAUCAAACAUA